AUGGAGGAAGUAUUGGAGGAAAAUUAUCUUCAAUAUGUUAAAAAGAACGGAGGAAACGAGUUGCAGGGAAACCGAGGUGAUCUACGCCAAUGGAUAUUUGAGAUAGUGAAGGAAUAUGAUGUAUAUAUUGAUUAUGUUUGGGAUUUCGGCAUAUUUCCAUUCAGAUGCCCACAAAAUAAUCCAGAAAUGAUGACCACGGUAAGAAACAAUAUUUACCCCUAUUUUGUUGCGAAGCAUUUGGACUUACUUGACACGGUGUUCUUCAGGCUCCGCAAGAAAGACAAUCAGGUGUCUUUCCUUCAUUUAUAUCACCACAGCAUCAUGGUGGUGUGGGGUUGGCUGUACUACAAGUUCCUACCGACUGACCAUUUCGUUAUCACCGGUCUGUUGAACAACAUCGUUCACGUAAUGAUGUACGCCUACUACGGAAUAUCCUGUCUGGGACCUCAAUAUGCCAGAUAUGUUUGGUGGAAGAAACAUUUGACAAAGAUGCAAUUGGUACAAUUCGUAUUGGCGGUUACGAAUCUCUACUACCAACAGAAGUGGACUCCGUGCCCUUUGCCUCUCGGCUUCCAUUACUUCGCAUUGGGAACUUUAUUCUCAUUUUUCUUCCUCUUCCUUAAUUUUUACUUCAAAAGUUACAGAACACGUAGAAAUCACGAAAAGAAACAACGUGAUGCAGACAAUAAUUUAAAAGUAGCAAAUAAGAAUGGAAUUUUAAAAAGUAAUUGA